AUGAACAGCGGGGACGUCGACGAGAUCCCGGGGGACGGAUCGACUUCCCCCGAUCUCGCCGCGGGCUCGCGCUUGGAACGAUUCGCCGCGGACGCGCGCGAUGUCUUCGACGCGCACGUGCUCUCGCGGCUCGAAGACGGCGACCGCGCGAUGCUCGCGCUGGUGAGCCGGAGUAUGCGCGACGUCGUGUUCGAUUCGCCCGACGGCGACGUGAGGGACGUCGCGGCGGUGAGGAGAGAGCUCGGGAGGAUGCCGAACUUCGUCGGGUCGGUCAGCAGGUUGACGUGGGCGAAGGAACAGCGAGGGUGUCCGUGGAUCGCGGCGACGUUCAUGUGCAUCGCGAGGGGUGGGAACGUGGAGGUCGCGAGGUGGGCGAAGGAGCGAGGAUGCCCGUGGAACGAGGAGACUUGCUUCUUAGCCGCGUUUGGCGGCCACCUGAAGAUGCUGCAGUGGUUGCGAGCGAACGGCGCUCCGUGGGGCGAGACUUGCGCCGGAGCCGCGGGAGGCGGCCACCUGGAGGUGCUGAAGUGGUCGCGCGCGAGCGACCCUCCCUGUCCGUGGGAAGAGUGGACUUGCCGCGCAGCCGCGGAAAGCGGCCACCUAGAGGUGCUGAAGUGGUUGCGCGCGAGCGACCCUCCCUGUCCGUGGGACGAGUCGACUUGCACCUGGGCCGCGGGAGGCGGCCACCUGGAGAUGCUGAAGUGGGCGCGCGCGAAUGGCGCUCCGUGGGACGAGGGGACUUGCCACACAGCCGCGGAAUUCGGUCAACUAGAGGUGCUGAAGUGGGCGCGCGCGAGCGACCCUCCCUGUCCGUGGAGCGAGCCGACUUGCACCGAAGCCGCGUUUUGGGGCUACCUGGAGGUGCUGAAGUGGUUGCGCGCGAGCGACCCUCCCUGUCCGUGGAACGAGAGCAUUUGCGCCUAUGCCGCGGAAGGCGGUUACCUGGAGAUGCUGCAGUGGGCGCGCGCGAACGGCGCUCCGUGGGAUCCGGAGCGAUGCAAAGCUCGGGCGCGGAGCUGCAAGCACGAGGGUGUGCUGCAGUGGAUAGCUGGGGAGGUAGGAGAGGGGGCGUAG